AUGGAAGCGCAAACAAUAACAACAUUGACUAGUACACCUUCUACAGCCAAAGAAGCUCCUCCUACUUCCAAAGCAUCCAUCGUUCAUUUUAAUAUUGAUCAACAAUGUCCAAUUCAAUAUGUUACUGUUUAUAAUGAUCGUGCUGAAGUGACACGUCGUAUACAACAUCAUUUUGAUAAUCAAGGUACUUAUGAUCUUGUAUUCGAAGGUUUUUCACCAUCUGUUGAUUUAACAUCAUUACAUGUUAGUGGUGGAACAGGUAAAGCAUGUACUAUUCUUGAAGUUUCAUAUCAAACACGUUAUGAAACAACAACAAUAGAAGAAAUAGAUUUAACACCAUUAGAUCAAUUACAAAAUGAAUUUAAUAAUGUACAAGUUGAUAUUGAUAAACAUCAACGAGAAUUAACACGAAUUGUUAAACAACGUGCAUGGCUUGAUGGACGAGCAUCAAAAUUAAUGAAUCAAGAUGAACAUUUGAAUAUAAAUGAUCUUGAUUUAAUGCAACAAUUUAUGGAUUUUUAUCAUAAAACUUUAUUAAAAUUAGAUAAUGAAACAAUACAUGAAGAAAAUGAAAUAAAAAAAUUAACACAACAAAAAGAUGGAUUAAGUAGCAAAAUUAAUGAACAUGGGGUAGAAGGACAAGCUAAUCGUCAAAAAACAAAACGAGAAGUAACUAUAACUGUUUAUAUCGGAAGUAAUGAUAUUGAUAUUGCUUUGGAAGUAUCAUAUUUAAUUAGUAAUUGUUCAUGGAGUGCUAGUUAUGAUGUUCGUGUUACUAGUUCAGAAAUAACACGACAACAAACUCAACUUACUUAUUAUGGUAUUAUUGUCAACAAAAGUCAAGAGAAUUGGCCUGAUAUACAAUUGUCAUUAUCGACAGCAACUCCAUCACUUGGAGGUGUUCCACCAAAACUUGCAACACUCAAAAUAGGUUACGAAGUACCCUAUUAUGACUAUGACCGAACACACAAUCUAUGUGCAGCAGGCUUGUUAGAGAGCUCUACAAGUUCAUUAAAAAAAUCAAGUGGAUUUAUGAGAAUGCGUGCACAAACAUCUCUUGCUGCCUCGUCAUUAGAGGAAACUAAUGAACGGCAACCAUCAAAUAUGGUCAAUGUUUUAGCUGCUCAAACCGAAGCAAGUAUGUCAAGUACAAGUUUUGCUAUUCCUCGACGAACAACUAUAGAUGCUGAUGGCAAACCACAUAAAGUAACUAUUGGUGUACUUGAUUUAACUUCAACAUUUACUUAUACAGUUAUACCAAAAUUAUCACUUCAUGCUUAUCUUAAAGCAUCAACAGUAAAUACAUCGGAUAAACAACUUUUAGCUGGACCGGCAUCAGUAUUUAUGGAUAAUAAUUUUGUUACUCAUAGUGCAAUUGAUAAUGUUUGUGUAGGUGAUACAUUUGAUUUACCAUUAGGUACAGAUGCAAGUGUUAAAGUUGAAUAUAAACCAGCAAAAAAACUUACAGAUACUCAAGGUCUUAUUUCAAAAGUACAUCAUGAAAAUAUUCGUCAUGAAAUACAUCUUAUUAAUACAAAAUCAACUGAAGUUAUAAUUUAUGUUUAUGAACAAGUUCCAUUAUCAUCUGAUGAAAAAAUUAAAGUUAAAUUAAUAAUACCUGAUUUACGAUCGAAAGAACAUAAUUUAAAUUAUACAGUAACAAUGAAUGAUUCAAAUAAUUUAGAAUGGAAAUGUAUUUUACAAGGAAGAGGUGAAUGUCGUUUACCACUUGAAUAUACUGUUGAAUGGCCAAAAGAUAAACGUGUAGAAUUUAAACAAGUUAAUUGA